AUGUUUCGUUGUUUGAAUUUAAAAUACGCAGUAUGCAGCGUAGUGCAAGAAGCGCCAUUAGAUUUAAGCUGUCGCGGCGCCGAGGGGAAAAUGAAUUCGCAAAGUUCAGCGAAAUUUCAAAGAUGUUUAUCUUGCCAGACGUGUGGCAAAAAUUUUGACAGACCUUCUUUGCUCAAAAGGCAUCUACGAACGCACACAGGUGAAAAGCCACAUGGUUGCACUGUGUGUGGAAAAAUGUUCAGUACAAGCAGCUCUUUAAACACACAUGUCAGAAUUCACACUGGAGAACGACCUCACGAAUGUCUUAUUUGCGGGAAACGUUUCACCGCUUCGUCAAACUUGUACUACCAUCGAAUGACUCAUUACAAGGAAAAACCCCAUAAAUGCAACGAAUGCGGUCGUUCUUUUCCAACCCCCGGUGAUUUAAGGGCCCAUGGGUAUUCCCAUAGUGGCAACUGGCCGAUGCGAUGUUCGGUUUGCAAUCGGGGAUUUUGCAAACCUGGAGCCCUACAUCAUCAUAUGCAAUUGCACAUCGGCAAUCGACCGUAUCGUUGUAAUAUAUGCAAGAAACAAUUUUCUGUAAUCAAUAAUUUACGAUCACACGAGCGAUCACACGAUCUUGAUGUUCCGAUUGGAAAUAUCGCAAACUCUUCAAACCUAGGAAGUGAAACAUCAAUUAUAAACGCAGCUACGUAUAAAGAUGUAAGUAAAAGUCAUUUACAAUUUCCAGCUGUUUAUUCUUGGUCUUCUUGGAUACCAUUGCAUUAUUCAAAGUGA